UCGAAUGGUUUAAAAUAUGUGCGUGAGCUACUAUAACCCUGUGACCAUGACUGUAACAGCUUAAGAAUAUAUAUAUUUUCCUGCUGCUUGUGCUGGACAACUCAAGCCCGUUGUAACCGCAAUAGCUUGUUUGUGUGCACGUUUUAGUUAAGCUAGGGUUACCCCACUUCAGUGCAUCUCGAAGAAAAGGCUGUUGGCGCGCGCGCACCGGCGGUUCGUUUUUGACGUUCAGGGAUCCCAAAAACUAUGCCAGAAAAACCGACGAUGGACGAUUUAGACGAGCAAUAUAUUCUACUCGAGACUAUAGGUUCAGGCGGUUUCGCAAAGGUAAAGCUUGGCCUCCACAUCCUGACAGGCGAAAAAGUUGCUGUAAAGAUAAUGGACAAACGUUCUCUUGGCGAGGACUUGCCACGAGUGAAGCUGGAGAUAACAGCGCUGAAGGAUCUCAGUCAUCAGAACAUCUGCAAACUCUACCAAGUGAUUGAAACAAGCACCAAAAUAUACCUUGUUCUAGAGUAUUGCCCUGGAGGCGAACUGUUUGACUACAUUGUUGAAAAGGAACGGCUAAGUGAAGGGGAGGCAAGACACUUCUUCAGGCAGAUAGUCUCAGCUGUGGCAUACAUUCAUUCCCAGGGAUACGCACACCGAGAUCUUAAACCGGAAAACCUCCUCCUGGAUGAGAACCACAACUUGAAGCUUAUUGAUUUUGGACUUUGUGCAAGGCCUAAGGGGGGAAUGGCUACAAACUUGGAGACAUGCUGUGGGAGCCCUGCAUAUGCUGCGCCUGAGUUAGUCAUGGGCCAAGAGUAUAUUGGGUCCAUGGUGGAUAUUUGGAGCAUGGGAGUGCUGCUGUAUGCACUGCUAUGUGGAUGCCUUCCCUUUGAUGAUGAGAAUGUAGCUGUCCUGUACAGGAAAAUUCAGCUGGGCGAAUAUGACUGUCCCUUGUGGCUGUCUAGUAGCAGUGUAGAGCUACUGUCUGAAAUGAUGACCGUGGUCCCUGAGAAGCGCAUUUCCAUCACUCAGCUGCUGAGUCAUCCAUGGCUGGUCAAAGGGUAUGGAUGCCCAGUUAGUCCCAAGAGCACGUAUUUGUUGUCUGUUCUUGAUGAAGAAGUGGUUACAGAGCUGGCUGUCAGCUGUGGUCGCUCCAAGAGUUCUGUUGCUAUGGAGCUUUCUCAGUGGAGGUACGACUUCAUGACUGCCACUUACCUGCUGCUCGUCCUGAAGAAAAGUCAGGGCAAGGUUUUGAGGCUUACGUUUCCAGACUCCUACCCCAAGCAAAGGAUGUCAUGCUCGCGCAAGCUGGCCCUGGAUGAGCCCAUCAAACCCACACCUCCCGUGUCGCCUCUCCGCAACUCUCUGGAGAAUGGCUUGGACAAUGCUCAACUGUUGACACUGGGCAGCCCUCCACUGAGAAGUGUUGUCAAUGGUGCCUUCACUCAGGACUUAGCAUUAUCAGCCAAGAAAGAGAAUCUCGCACAGUCUGACGAGCCAAUGGAUGUGGACAGCAGUGACAAGGAGAACUUUGCCCAGCCGCGUGUCCCAACCCCGAAGCGAAGGACUUACAAGGCUGUACAAGAGGCAUCAGUGCUGGUACCGCACAAUGGUGCCAACGUUACCGGACCGAGCACGCCGGUCGUCAAAAGUCGUCCUCCCUCGGCUGACGCGGAAUUCCGGCAGAGCCCUCUGCGAACUCCCGACGGCAGCCGGUUGGCGGCGGCGUCGGUGGUCCGAACGCCGGAAGUGUACAAGCUAGCCGAAGGGCCCUCCUUCUCGUGCCGUGGCAGCUCGGCCAAGCGCGUGUUCGGCUCCAUCGAGAAAGGCCUGGACAGAAUGCGCCUGAUGCUGACGCCUCGCCGGAGGCUGGGCGCAGCCGCCGUCGUUCAGGAUGCACCCAGGAAGGUCAAGGUGAUGCAAAACGUCUCUACCAUGCCGGCGGUGCUGACCCCAGAACAGGUACUGGAUUCCCUGCGCACAGCUCUGCUCUGCAAAGGCAUCAUCUGCAAGCAGAACAGGUACACCCUCCGUGGCAAGGUUCGCGACGAGUGGGGCAAGGUGCAGCUGACGUUCGAGCUGGAGGUAGUCCAAGUGCAGCAGCCCGAGCUGCUGGGAAUUCGCCGAAAGCGCCUCACCGGUGACGCUUGGCACUACAAGCGGGUCUGCGAGGAAGUGCUGAAGAUCAGGGCGGCUUGAGCGAAGCCCGUCUGCUGCGUUUACCGGCCACCGUCGGGUGAUCCAUGCCGCAGCGUCGUCGACUCGUUUCGUUAGUCAAACUCGUGUUGCGCUUUGCCGCUCGCACGUUGUCCGUACUCGGAUGUCAGGGCAGAUGGCGAGCUGGCAUACCUGCGCGGCCUGUGAGUAAAUAAAGCUGAAAACGGGUGUGCCCAGCCACAUCAUCGUCGCUGUUUCUGCGCAGCGGGAGCUUUCUGUAUAGUACAACAGCUGGCGUGGCGGGCCGCAACUUUGUCGUGCAGGCAGAACACAAACUCGCCGCCAUUGUAGCCUUCCUUCCAUGAAGGGACCAGUGCUCUAUAUUGUAGGCAAACGAGACACAAACGAGGUGGUUCAAACGUGAUCACACAACUUGAAAAGAAAAAGAAAAGUCACUACGAAUGUACGUGCGUAGUUGCUUUGAACUCUGGCGUGCUAUGACCGCUCCUAGUUAGUAAAAAAGAGCUACCGUCCCAUUAUUUAACGCGCUAUAAUGAGAAUAUUCCUGCUCUAUUGGUCGCGUCUGACGUUUUCAGCUUUCAUUUGGGUUGGUUGCUAUGGCAACUUUCUUGCGAAUUCGUUAAAGUUUACUUACUCUUUCGGGGCGACUAAUUGUCUAACGUUGCUCUGUGAUUGUCUGGUUUUCACGCGUAAUAUGCGUCCAGCCUGUUUCUUUUCCAUGCCAUGUCAUCGUGUAGUGGCAGGUUUUAGCCGCAGAUGUAAUAUUAUGAAACAUCUGCUCAAUGAUUGCCCCCUUUUGGUGCACGCACGAUUACGUUCAUCGGCGGCCAGGUGUGAGGUUAAAGUUGGGACCGAGUUUCUCCUGCAGCUCAAGGUGGUGAAAUGGUACCACGUAACGAAUGGGCUACAACAUAUAUAAUACAGCGAGUGCGGUUGACUGUAAAACUGCCUAGUUUCCUAUUUAGCGUCGUACACUUUUGCGCAAAUCUGAGACACCGCACUGUAGUGUUGGGUAUUUCAAGCGUUCGUUAAACACUAUGGAUUAGAGCUCAUAUUUUUAUUCGCACGUUGCUUUUCUUGUGUCCUUUCAAGCUGAAAUUUACUUUUUGGGGCUUUUCUAUUGCUUUAACAAUGUGCCUCCGACAUGUCAUAUCCUUUAACAUGACGCAAGUUUUUGUUCUUUCUUAUUAUUUGUAUAUUGCGUGAAAAAAAAAUGUUGGGAGGACCUUAUUAAUUCUCAUGUAUACUAUUUUUUAGAGCCGUUUGCACUUUUACCUGUAAUUAAAAAAAAAAACGGCAUUUGUAUUUUCGUACAAACUGAGUGUGCGUCGAUUUUUCUAGUAUUAAUCUCCCGCCAGUGUGUUCAUGCUUUUUACGUGAAUCCGCGCUGUCUGCCUGCAGUUGCAGAUGGCGGGCGUUUCACGGGCUUUUAUAUCAUUUAUGUUUUGUGUUAGUGUAUGUACGUAUGUCUGCGCUUGCGUGUAUGUACGCACGUUUACUAAGCAAGAGGCGCGUCGGUGUAAUAUAUAAACGGUUGUUUUGUCGCUUUGCGUCGUGAUGGUGCCUUGUUCCGCGGUUACGUUACAGCGUAUGCGAACAGGGCGAGAUAGUUGCUCAUGAGGGCGAACCAUGUCGCUCGUUGCCUAAUCGUUAACUCUACUGCCAUCUACUUGUGUGCCACGGCAUUGAGAAAAGUCGCGGUGUGCAUUGAAGCUGGUCUUCGGGGGCCUCCCCUCCUGCCGCCUGGAACCACUAAACUCUAAUCUAUAUUUUGAAGUUUUAACCUUUUCGCCACUGAGCGAGUAAUAGUCCUAGUCUCAAAAUAUUACAGCCACAUUAUCACUUUCUUCAAUCCCCAAAGUCCUGUCGUACGAACCUUAUGUUUUACGUUUUAUAUGAAUAAACGUUUUGUGUAAUCUCGUCGG